AUGGCCAGAUUUUGGUCGUUGAUCGACGGAACCGCGAGACGAGUGAUAGAAACGCCUGUUUACAGGACACUAGACUUGGCCCUCAAACGUGAACCGGUGAAUGAACUCCAUAUAUUAGGAUUCCAUAUGACCAAUAAUAACAUACUGGAAGUAGAACUCAAGUGGCAACUAUCUAGUGGUAAGUAAUCGUAUUAUUCUAAAACGUUUUAUUUUUUUGUGCAUGACAGGCCUUUAAGGUCUUUUGCACGCUUUCACCAAGUCUCCUCCAUCUAUCGCGAUUUCUUGUCAUUUUCGUUGUUACCCUAUCAUCCACUCCUUUUGCAUCCUUUAUCAAUCUGUCCAUUCACUGUUGCUGAGGUCUACCUCUCAGUCGCUUUUUAAUUAAGUUUCCAACCGGUAGGUAUAUUAUUAUGAAUAAGGCUUCCGUCCGCUCGCCAAACAUGGUCAGCCCAUUCCAACCGUUUUACUUUCAGAUACUUUCUGAUGGUUGGUUUAUUGUAAAGCUUUUUCAACUUUUUCAUUUUUGACGGGACUUUAUUAUUUUGUCCGACAUAAAAAAACAUAUCCGUUAUACAUAGGUGUCUUUUCAGACACAUUUCACCGUAGAUCUGUAAUGAUAGGUACACAUGCGCGUUCCGAAUACAAAAUAAAUAAUAUUACACAAUUUUUUAUGCACUUGCAGACAGAAAUUGUAUCUAUUCAGUUAGAUACCACCCGAACCGUCUAGAGAAACCGACGACUCUUGUGGUGGAUGUCGGACAGCCGAAUUAUAACGUUACCGUUUUAACCAGACUCACCUUGGACAUGGAGUACACAGUGACCGUGCUACCGAAAAACCGGCCGACCGGAUCCGAAAAAACUACCAUAAAGUUUUUAACGCCCACCUGUAUCCAAAUGAAAAAGAACUACACCCUGUGCCGUAAGUGUGCUACAUGCUAUCUACAAUAAUAAUUAUUGUAAUUUAUAAUAAUGUUAUGUAAUACGGGGUGAUUGAUUUUUCCGCAAUCAACGAGUUGUGUCCCGACGAAACUUCUGAUACACGCGUUGUAUCCCAAAGAUAAAAGAAUGUUACACAAGUUGAGUCACGCUUUUUAGUCACACACGUUUUUUGCCAGUAAAAAUAAUAUUCCAAUUUAGAUAGAUGUACAAUACACAAUAAUAAAAGUCGAUUUUGUUUAUUAUUAAAGACAAAAAGAAGAUAAUAUCAAUGUUGCACGUACCUUUUUUUUUUUUUUAAUUCAUAUGGCAACGUCUGUCAGAGGGGUUGCCCUGAAAAGGGCAGUUUUCACCAACUAGGCCGGGAGGUUUUACAACGUUCGGCCGCCGGUUUGAUGCUGUUUGGUUUCGUGUUGUUUUCAUAUCAGAUAAUCUCAUGUGGCGAAACGCAGAAAUAUCGAGAGGAUCUAAAAACAACAGUACUUACGGCGGGGACCACGGGAAGGUACAGCAUCUUCCCCCCAAACUUAUUUAAUGGAUAAUUAUAUUAUGUCAUGAAUUAUACUUUAUUUCAUUCUCGUGUUUGGGCAGAAUCUUCCAUUAUAUGAGCAACUUUUCUACCAGAAACUUGCUCCGAUUUACAAUGAUAACAUUUCCUCUGAAAGGAAGUCGGAUUUGAGAGGUACUUGAAGGAGGUCAUUUUUCGAUUUUCUUAUGAGAUUUCUCAUUAAAUGGGAAAAACCGAAAAAACAGAAAAAUGCACGAAAUAUAUUAGUAAAAUAUUAAGUAUAAUAUUAUCAUUUAUCAUCAUUCAUCACUCAACGAAUUAUCACAAUAAGAAUACAAAAUUAUAUUAAAUAUUAUGAUAAAUGAUAGUAGGAUUCGGUUGACCGAAGUCCUCCCCUCAACAUAUAUAUUUGAAGAAUAAUUUGAUUACGAAUACUUUAUAACAAAACUAUAAUAGCAAAACUUUAUUUUUUAAAUGAUAAUAAUUUUUCGUAAAAAAAGAAAAUAAUAAAUCUUCAUGUUACAUGGUUUUUUUCUUAAUGUGUAAUUAUUUUAUAUACUUUACUAUGGGAUACAACUCGUUUGCAGUCAAUUUUGUAGAAGUUAUCUAUACACGGAGAUUUUGAGUGGGUUAAUUUAAUUUGGGUUAUUGUUAUUAUUAUUUUUAUUUUUUAAUCAGUAGACAACCUACAUACAAGUGGUAACUCGUUAGCAUUGGCUUAUCUUUGUUUACAGAUAUACAUUAAAUUCCAUUCUGUAUCCUACCUUCUCAACUUCCCACCUACAACAGUGGCUGCACCCGUCCCCAUUAUUCUAGUGUAUUUCGAGUUGCUGUUUGGGAUUUUUACGAUUUAAACAGUUUGUUUUUUUUUUAAAGUAGUUUCAGUGUAUUGAAUUUACAGUCUUAGUUAAUAAUAAACAUUAAACUUUUCUUUUAUCUUACUAUUAAAUAAAUCUAAUCCCUAUCGCUAUGUCCUUAUUUAAUUAAAUAUAAAUAUUUUAAAUUUUAAACUCGUAUUACCUACUAUUUAGAUUAAAAACGUGAUUAUAUAAGAUCUCAAAUUUGACAAGACUCGAUAUCAGGCUUGGUUCUUCAAAAUAUUUACAAGUCAAUAAAUAUUUCAGUUGAUGGUGUUAUAAAUAAAUUUGAUGCGACAGAAAAAAUAAAUAAAUAUAGAUUUUGCAAUACAGAUAAAAUUGUGUUAUUUUUAAGUUAUGUACCCACAUAAUUAACGAGUAGAUAUAUAGUUGUUAAAUUAUAUUAGAAUUUUCCUGACAUUUGUCAUCUUUUGUUUUAAUAAUCUAGGGUUUCUAGACACAUGUCCGUACAUGACUUUGAUAGGUCAGGUACAUGUAUAAAUCUGUGUGCAGUGGCGUGGCGAAUGUAUUAUUUUGGAGCAUUUAUUGCUCCUUUAAAAUUUUUGGAUAAGUGGGGUGGCUGAGUGGUUACCUUGUAUAAAUUUUCGCUCCCCGUCAAAGUUCAACAUGCCACUGUCUGUGUGAACUAUAUCGCCUCUCCGGAAAUCAAUACUCAAGUGCGUUACUGGAUUGUUAAACGGGUCUAUAUAGGAUGAAAACAAAAUAACUUAAAAUUUAAUCAAAAUCUCCGUAGAUAAAAUAUAAAAUUACUUUGUACAUUGUCAUCAUUGCACUGUAGCUCCCGAGAAACCAUACAACGUGACUGUGACGCAGAUAACGAAGACGGCCGAUGACCGUUACAAAUUGAAAAUCACGUGGUUGAGCCCGAACCCCGGCGGCCAGGGGGUCGACUACUUCACGGUCAAGUUGAAGAACGAGGCGAAAAACGUCUCGGCCACGGCCAGCGUAACGUACUUCGAAGUCAUGCUCCCAAUACACCAGCAUUACUUCGUCAGCGUGGAGGCCUUCUCGGAGCUCGGCCGGAGCGGCGAGGUUCCUGUGUUAUGGUGGCCCAAUAAGAACAUGCCGAUAAUCACCAACGAUGGCCACUUGCUGCAGUGGCUUGCGAUUCUUUUUACGGUGAUCGCGUCCUGCGCCGUGGCACUGGUCAUCGGCUUCAAAUACGUAUACUGGCCGACAAAGUUAAAGGCAACGGAAAACGUGGACAGAAAUGAUUUGGUCCUGCUCAAAGACCUGCGAGAAAACGGUGACCUGUUGCUCGAUUACGAGGACGUGACCGUUACCGACGUGAUACUGGGAAAUGGUCAUUUCGGGGUGGUCAACAAAGGGUCGUUGAGGACGGACGACGGCGUCGAGUGCCCAGUAGCCGUCAAGUCGCUGAGGGAUCACCCGACUAGCCGGGACCUAGAGGAAUUUCUCAGCGAAAUAGUCCUCAUGCAAAAGGUCGGUCAACACCCGAAUAUCUUAUCCAUGGUUGGCUGUUGUCUGGACGAAAACAAGCAGUGUAUGCUGGUAGUUGAGUACUGUCCACUGGGUGACUUGCAGACCUAUCUAAGAAAGGUGAGACGUGACACGUGACCACGGUUGUAUAGGACACUUGAGCUUGAAAUAUUGGUCACCGACAUUUGAGCACGGAAAAUGAGUCAAAUUUUAAUUAUUUAUCUACUAAAAUGAACAUAAAUCCACGUUCUUUAACAUUAUAGCGUAGGUAUAUUUCUAAUUCUUAUAAUAUGUACGCAGCACCUAGAGUAGGUACCCAUUUAUUGCUGAUAUGGUUCGGUUAUGCCUAGUAUACUUCCCCUUCCGCCACGCCGGCCCCAAUUCUUAAAUAGAUUUUGAUUCGUUUCAAUAAACUGAACAAUCGUUCUGAAGUCGCUGUUGCUGUUAUAAUGGGUAUAAUACAUAGCAUUUUCAGAAAGCACUUAAUGUUAGAAAAUAUAGAUGUAGAUUUUUAGGCUUCCAUAUGAGUACAUUUUCCAUAAACACAGUUCUCCCCGAAGUACUUCAACGCUAAAGGGUAUAAAAUAAGGUCAUCGCCUGUUUUUCAGACACCUCUCCGUCCAUUCAUAUUACUUAAUAAAAAAAUUAAGAUCAUCUCCUGUUUUUUAUCCAUCUGUCCGCAUAAGCGUGCACACGGAUUAAGGAAGGAGAGGCAACUGCCUAUCAGAUCUUCCGUCGAAUAUUUUUUAAAAAAACCAUGUUAGAUAGGUACAUCUGUACAAUUUUUUUUUAAAUAUUAAACUCUACCGUAGUACCCUUAAUUUUGUGCACAGGGGAAGGAUAGGAUUUCGUCCCUCUCCCCAGAAAACUCAAAUGAGCCCCCCAAAAUAAAGUACUGACCAAGUAAAUAAUAAGUGUACAUCAUAAUCAGCAUAAUAGGGGCUUAAGCCCCCUCCAAAAAUAUUUGAACUUUUUGUGUAAUGUUUGAUUUCAAAUAUCGGUGCCUCCCCUGCCAAUAAAAGACUCGCACACGCUUAUACCUGUCCUUACACUCAAAAUAAUGACUUGCGGGGUUUCUAAUAAUAUCUUGGGUAAUAAUGAGCUAAUGAUUAUCGUCAUGCCGUCCUAUCGGUACUCCAUUGUGUACGACUAAUGUGUUUAUAAUAUACCUAGGUGAGUAUCAAGUCGUGGUACGCCAACGAUUUUUAUGUCGACCAGACUGAUCCGUCCGAACUGAUUGCGGACGAUAGCUGCGAUAAGAAAGUUGUAUCUUUGGACGCGGGAAAUAAUUCGUCCUCGCGGCCGCCAAUGGUAUUCAACAACUGUUACUUGUACCACGGUGAAGAAAACAUAUUCUUGACCGUGGACGAUCUGAUGAGUUUCGCCAGUCAGACGGCCAACGGAAUGGUAAUAUAAAAUCAUAUUAUAAAUCGAUCGUCAUUUUAUGUUUUUUCUUCUACUUGAGAUUAUUACCACGUGUCAUAUACGUAUGCACAUUAUUCACCUGGCAAUGAACCUAUAUUAUAUUUUGACUACUGCGAAUACUAUAGAUCAUGUUAAAUUAACAAACAAAUCCUUCAGCUCAAAAUUAACAAAAAUUACAUCAAAUCGUCAAAUUAAAAUUGAAAAAAAAUAUGAAAUGGUAAAUGUUUCAGGGUAGAAGUUGGAUACCAAAGAUCAAACUACCUACUUUUCAUUUAAAAUUUAUUACCUAUGUUUUUAUAUUUUAACAACUAUUUUCACGAGUUCCACCAAUUUAUUAUCAGUGUAUUAUAGUUUAAUACAUAGGUACUGUAAUUUAUAUAACCUUACGAAAAUAUCCUAAAAAAAUAAAAAUAUCUUGCAGUUUCCAAAAUUCUACAUUUUUCCAAUGAAAAUUCACUUCCGAGUUACAGGCCACUUUCAGAAUGGGUAAUAAGCACCCAAUAAAUUUAAAUGUGUUUUAUAAAAACUAUUCAUCUAUUCAUUUAUCAAAUGAAAAUCUAUCAAAAUCAAUCACUUCUUAUCUUGUACUUACCUACACGUUAAUUUUGUUAAUGACUCGAGCCCUUUUAUCUUAUCUAAAUAGGUAAUUUACACGAAUGAUGGCUAGUUGGGCACCUUAAAAAUUAUAAUUUGUCAGGGAUUCAAAUAUUAAUUUAAAAAUAAUAAUAUAAUUUACUAUGAAAUAUGAUGUUUAUAGUCGUUUUUGGAAAAGAACCGUAUAGUACACAGAGACUUGGCUGCACGGAACGUACUGCUCAGUGAUCAUCACACAAUCAAAAUAUGUGAUUUCGGUCUCAGCCGAGAUAUUUAUGAACAGAACUGCUACCUUAAGUCAAACAGGGGUGACCCACUGCCUGUCAAGUGGAUGGCCCUGGAAUCACUAAAGUACCGCAUCUACACCACACAGAGUGAUGUGUGGUCAUUCGGCGUGCUCCUCUGGGAAAUCAUGAUGCUGGGCGAGUGCCCAUAUCCAAUGAUAAGUUCUUCCAAGAUAUAUGAUGUAUUACACAGAGGCUAUCGUAUGCCUCGACCCACUUUGUGCAGUCACAGUUUGUACCAACUCAUGAUUGCGUGCUGGCAUUUGAACCCAGCCAACAGACCAAAAUUCAGUAUGAUCAAAGACACAAUUGACGGUAUAUUGACAAAACAAUAAUCAU